CUUUAACACAGCGAAAUAGGGAAAGAGUCCCAUCCUUUAGUUAAGAGUAGUCCAUGGUUCGGGCGGUCUGCUAGUUUGAUUUCAGCUCCGAUUGGAGUACCACAUUAAAAGUUUCACAUUCAAGUCAUUUAAGGUUUUCGUUGUCACAUUUGAUUUCAGAUAUGCAUUGAACAUUCCGGGGAAUGGAAAAGAAGGCACAUAAAAGAUGUUUCAUAAGUGGUUGUUGUGGCAAAAAUGAUAAAGAAAAUACACAUGUUGGGGUUUUCAGUGUACCCAAGGCGUCGUUAGCAAUCUGGCAAGAGAUUAUUCCAAAAGAUGGUCUGACAACUUCUUCAAAAAUUUGUAGCAGACAUUUUGAAGAGGCCGAUAUCGAAAAAGGGAGAAUAAUUCAAGAUAAAUUCUACCCCUAUGCUAGAUGGAGUCUUAAGCCUGGUGCUGUCCCGAAACUUUUCCUAGGAUCAUCUAUUUCACUUCCAAGUUCAUUACCAAACACUAAAGAUGCACCACAGAAAUGCAGCAGUUCUAAAACUGUCACUAAAGAUUCACCUAUUGUACUUCCCCGCUUAUUACCAAAAAAGACAACUGAUACACCAUGCAGUCACGUUUGUGACCCAAAUGGCAGCCUUCCUGUCCAUGGCCCUGUAACUCACUAUAUCCUAUUACAGGAAUCUCUGCCAAGCUUUACCUUUCAGAAUUCCAAUAUGAAUACCCAGCUAAUUCAGAAUGGUCCCAGUUUGAAUACCCCCAGUUGUUUGCCUCCGAUUUCACCCAUACCUUUGGUGCAAAAUCAUAACGUCGGUGUUGCUCCUUUCACACCGAUUCAUUUUGACCACGACUACGUUGUAGAUACUGCCCGACCAAACGUUCCUGUAGAAAAAGGCAACUCUGAAAUCGCUGCACCACAAGUACAAUUACAAGAAAGUCUCAGCAUGUCUUCAUCUGCUGUACACGAUUUCGACCACUGCUAUGGUAUUCGUCCCUCUUCUUCGAUUCCAACGGUUGAAGAGCCCUACCUUGAUUUGGAUGCUGUUGGUUAUCGUGACUUCAUCUCUGGUGUCCGUUUUCCUUCGGCCGAAUGGUACUGGUCGUUCAACGAACGAACCAAACUUCUCAUCUGUUCUUGUCAUUCCAUUUCCCACGAUGGUGUGAUGACUAUAAAAACUGUGAGAAUCCUCACCAAGUCCAAAGUUGAACUGUUUCUCAAUGGAAAAUCGAUUAAGCCGCUGCACAUGAAAUUUGAGUUUCAAAUGAAAAAGGAAUUGUCAAACAUUCUUGAGGCUUUCCACAUUCGAAAAAGAUGUAAAGGAAUUGUGGAAGAAUCCCUGACAGAUGUUAAAGUGACGGAUAAAUGUGCUGGUAUUAAGGACGGAAAUGUGUGGCGGUCGAAGGAGUGCUUGGGACUCGCAAACAUCAAUGUUCUCUGCUCAAAAUGCCAACUGUUAAAGAAAUAUUUGAGGCGGAUGAAGAAAAAAGAUCCCACAAAUUCCAAAGAUUUAAAAAAAAACUAUAAGCAAAAACUGAAUACCUCCCGAAAAGCUCUGCAACGAAUGAAAUGUAAGAUGGAGAAGUAUUCGGCUACCAUAAAUCAACUGCGGAGAGAAAGACAAAAGUUAAUAUGGAACGACUUUGAUGCCAGAAUCAAGAUGCUAAAUCCAAAAGAACAACUGGUUGUUAAAACAAUGAUAGCUAAAGCCAAGGUGAAUCCAGGAAGGAACGAUAGGCUCACGGCAAUGCGCUAUGAUCCGGAAUUUCUCGCAGACUGCUUACUAAUUAAACAGAAAAGCAGUGCGGUAUACAAGCAUUUACGCUCCAAAGGCAUUCUUCCUCUACCGAGUCAAAGCACACUCUUAAGGAUGGCGAAAAAAUCAAAUCUCGAAGGUUUAAACACUGAGGAAGCUGGCUUAGUUCACGAUUCUGACGAACCACAUCAAAAUACAUUUGAUUCAGAUCAGUUAGCUUCAAAGAACCUGUUGGAAGAAAAUAUAGAAAACGGAAGUCCCGAGUUUACCGACUUUACAGAGGCCAUGUCACCUGAAAUUGUAUUGCCGGAAACAGAAGAAAUGAUUGUUGAAAUUUAUUCAGUUGAAUAAAAAUGUGACAUAAAA